AUGAUUUGUAGGGCGACAUCCGAUGGCGGUGUGGAGGAUAGCACGAAGAGUGUAUCGGUUCGAGUUGUUUCUCCCCGCCACACUUUCUGCGGUGUGGCUGAACAGAAUGUAAGAGGACUCUUUAAUGACAGAGGCACCGUCUUCCUUUGUGACUCUUGCCUCUCCAUUUUUGCACACGCCGGUCAUUUGCAGCAGCAUGUACAAGGUUGUCGUAAUGCUUUCUGGAUCCCAGGCGAUGAGGUCUACAGGGACGAGGAGCAUCGCUUUUGUGUGUUUGCGCUCGAUGGUAGAAAGCCUCAGUGUGUUGCUCUGGCACGACGAAUUUGCCUUUUGUCAAAGCUGUUCCUUGUCGACAAGGUGACACUUGAUGACGUCCACUUUUUCUCAUUUAUGGCGCUCUUCGAGGUGGAUGAUGAGGGGUUUCACUUUGUGGGCUACUUCAGUAAGGAAUGGACAAGCAGCACGAGCUGUGUUAACACUCUAUCCUGCGUGAUGGUGUUGCCGCCUUUUCGAUCGAAAGGGUAUGGUGGCUUUCUCGUCCGGCUGUCAUACGAGAUGGCGCGGGUGGAGGGUAUUGUUGGGACCCCGGAGCGCCCACUUAGCACGAGCGGAAAUGCUCUCUUUCGCAGAGUGUGGCGGGAGGAGGUUCUGUUUGCUGUAUUUGCGCUGGAGGAACGAGGUAUCCCGAUAACGAUAGGGGAGCUGAGCAAGGCGUCGAGUCUUAUUAUUGAAGAUGUGCUAGUUGCGCUGCAGGACUUGGAUGUUCUUUUUAGUGUCGGGAAGCAAGGACCACUGCUGGUCGUUAAUGCCUCGGAGAAGACGAGACUUCUACAGCGGCGGCUGGCCGCUGAAAAGCUUUACUGGACCAGCGCGCCGUCAUGA